AUGAAAGUAACAGUAAUGACCCUCGGUGAUGAUAUAUUUGUCCUGGAUGUAAGUGAGGAUUUAGAGCUAGAAAAUUUCAAAGCGUUUUGCGAGGUCGAGUGUGGGGUUCCGGCUCUCGAAACUGUUAUUGCAUUUAAUGGACGGCCUCUUAUGGAUGAUAAAAAGUCUUUAAAAGAACAUGGAAUCAGAGAUGGUGAUGCUGUAAUAUUGCAACACAUGCAUCAGAGUGGAGUUGAAUUAAAUCAACCUCCAAGUAAUAAUGGAGCCGUACCAUUUCUGGACUUUAGCUCAAUUCGAGUUCCAGGAGCACCAUUGAGUAGUAGCCCUAAUUCAUCGGGUAAUUCUUCUCGAGUACAAAAUCCAAGAAAUGAAAAUGAUCCUGCCAUGAUAAGAGACAUGUUUUUAGCAAAUCCUGAUCAAUUGGCUUUAUUGAAACAGAAUAAUCCUAGAUUAGCCAAUGCUUUACUCUCAGGGAAUCUUGAUAAAUUUUCAACGAUACUAAAAGAACAAAUAAAAAUUCGCGAAGAACGUCAAGCACAACGACUAAGAAUGAUGAACGCAGAUCCAUUUGAUACUGAAUCUCAAAGAUUAAUUGCUGAAGAAAUAAAACAAAAAAAUAUCGAAGCUAAUAUGGAAGCAGCUAUGGAGUAUAAUCCUGAAACAUUUGGAACAGUUGUUAUGCUUUAUAUCAACUGUAAAGUCAAUGGAUUUCCUGUCAAAGCAUUUAUUGACUCAGGUGCUCAAACUACAAUAAUGUCAGCAGCAUGUGCUGAAAGAUGUCAUAUUAUGCGACUGGUAGACACAAGGUGGGCCGGAGUUGCUAAAGGUGUAGGUGUUCAACGUAUUAUUGGACGUAUUCACAUGGUGCAAAUACAAAUAGCUAACGAUCACUUGACAACGUCCUUCAGUGUUCUUGAGGAACAACCAAUGGACAUGCUUCUUGGUUUAGAUAUGCUAAAACGGCAUCAGUGUUGUAUAGAUCUUAAGAAAAAUAUUUUGAAAAUUGGCACGACUGGAACAGAAACACAAUUUUUAGCCGAAGGUGAUUUACCGGAAUGUGCAAGAUUAAGUGGUAAUAAUGAUGCAAUGGAUGACCAGGAAUAUCAAAAAGUAUUAGAGGACAGUGCUAGAGAAGCAAAAAAAUUAAGACAACAGCAAGAAAGCAGCACGAAUAACCCAUCAACUAGCACAUCGAAAUCAGAUAAUUUAGAAACAGUUACAGUGAGUGAUCCGUUUACAGAAGCUAAUGUCAAAGCUAUUGUAACUCUUGGAUUUCCUCGAGCUCAAGUUAUCGCCGAGCUCCGUAGAUUCAAUGGUGAUGAGAUGCAAGCCACUGCAGCACUCUAUGCAAAAUCGUUAAAAUUUUAA